AUGAAAGCAGAGGAAAAAUCCGAGUUGAAGAAAAUCUUCAAAUAUAUAUUCACGCACCCCAAAGAAUGUGGUGAUCCUUUUGAAAAUGACAAAGAGUGGAUACCGGCACAUCGACUAUGUACAACCAAAUGCGAUAUACAUGUUGACAUCUGUAUGAAAAACGUGAAAAGCGACAAACAAAGAUGCCAGAAAUUGCCUGCAGAUUGCAUAAAAGGACUGAAGAACCUGUGA